AUGGAAAUCGUUACCCUAAAAAAUAGAAAUAUAAUGUCUAUACCCGAAUCUCUUAUUCGAGAGAUAGGUUGUUUCGUUAGAUAUUUAUACUUGGACAAUAACAUCAUACGGACACUACCCGAUGAAUUAUUUACUGGUUGUACAAAUCUUAUGUGGUUAGAUUUACGAUGCAACAGAAUACGUCGAUUACCAGAUGGUAUUCAGGGUCAUAAAAAUUUACAGGUAUUGCUUUUGGGAAAAAAUGAUUUAAAGCGAUUGCCUUUAACGCUGGGAUCAUUACCGAAACUUCGAGAAUUACACGUUGCUGGAAAUCCACUUGAUUGCCUUACUAGGGACAUGGUGAAAAAAGGUUCUAAAUAUUUAAUAAGUUUUUUGCAAGAAAAAUGGAAAAGUGAUCAAAAUAUUAUGGAAACAAUUCAACAAAAUAAUGAUCAAUUAAACGUAGUAAAAAAAAUAGAUGAAAAAAUUCUUAAAAAAAACAAAAAAUUUAAAAAAAUUACGGAUACAUCAAAAAUGCAGUUGAUGGAAAGAUAUAGUUGGCCAAUGAUAUUUCUUACUAAUUGGAGCAGCGACCGUUUAGUUACUGAUCGUGAUAUUAGGAUGAAAGAACUAGAGAGACUUUACUUAGAAAAACAAAAAGUAAUAUUAGAAAAACAAGAACGAAUUUUACAAUCCUACAAAGAUGAAGAAACGUUGAAAAUAUGGAGAGCUAAAGCAAAACAAUUGCAAUAUUUUGAAAAUUCAUCCAAAUUAAACAACUGUGAGUCCCUAUACCUUAUUAAAGCCCAAGGCUACGUUUUGGAAAGUGUGGAAAAUAUAAAUUAUAAGAAUGCUGUAAAACACACAGUAAUCAAACCGUUUGAUUUUGACUUGGAAAUGUCAGACAUUUACAAAAUGCUUGUAAGUUUAACAUCAAAUAAUGUAGARAAUACAAAUAGCAAUAAAAAGAAUGAUCCAAAAAUAUCAAGUAUUGAUUGGGAAAUUCAAAAGUUGCAUGAUAUACAAAAAAGAAUUUCACAGUUGAAAAUGCACAUGAUCUAAUAAAAGAAGCCAAGAAUGAGAAGAAAUAACUUCAAUACCAAUUAAAAUAAAAUAAUUUUUUAUUUAUUUUACAUUUUUUACAAUAACCUUGUAUCAGUUAUUAAUUUAUAGAUUUCUAACUGAUCGUAGAUACAAAUAGACUUAAAUAUUUUGCGAAACUUUAAACCAGGAAAAUAUACACCAUAAGGAUUGUACAUUUGUUAUUGCUAUUAGGUUCAUUUACUCUAUAUGUGUUUAAAUAUCACUUAAAUAAAAUCAAUUCACAACACUCAAUUUUAA